ACUCUCAGCCAUAUUCUAAUACAUUUAGCAUGGCAGUUCUGCAAAUAGUCUUUUUGUGUCUUCUGGUUUCAUGUAUGAGUUUAGUUUCGGCCUCUUCACGCAACAGACGCUACACAAGUCCAAGCGUGCCGAAGCUAACUGAUGUUUUUUCUCAUGUCUCAAUUAGAAAUGUGUUUUCGAAAGCUUUUGGAGGGUCGAAUGUUCAGGUGACUGGUAAUGGAUCCAUGGCCACUCUUGUUCUUGACAAAACCUCAGGUUCUGGUUUGGCAUCAGUAAACAAAUAUCACUAUGGAUUCUUCAGUGCUGCUAUCAAGCUGCCUCCUGGAGACUCUUCUGGAGUUGUGGUAGCUUUCUAUUUAUCUAAUGCAGAUGUCUUCCCCCACAAUCAUGAUGAAAUAGACAUAGAGCUAUUAGGCCAUGACAAAAGAAAUGAAUGGGUCAUUCAAACAAAUGUGUAUGCAAAUGGGAGUGUCAGCACAGGAAGAGAAGAAAAAUUUUACCUCUGGUUUGAUCCAACAACACAGCACCAUCAGUACACCAUCAUCUGGAACAAUUAUCACAGUGUGUUUCUAGUGGACAACAUACCAGUGAGGGAGUUUGAGCAUAAGAGCACAUUCUAUCCAUCAAAACCGAUGUUAGUUUACGCAACAAUAUGGGAUGGAUCAGAGUGGGCAACACAUGGAGGAAAGUACCCAGUUAACUACAAGAAUGCACCAUUUACAGUUUCAUUUGCAGAAAUGGAGAUAAGUGGCUGCAUAUCCAAUCCCAGUGCUUCUGCUCCUUCAUGUUCUAAGACCCCUUCAAGUUUGGACCCAGUUGAAGGACCAGAGUUUGUGAAGUUGAGUAACCAACAAGUUGGUGCUAUGGAUUGGGCAAGAAGGAAGCUAAUGUUUUACUCUUAUUGUAAAGAUACAUCUAGGUUUAAGGUUAUGCCACCAGAGUGCAAAUAGUUCUGUAACCUCAUUAUAUGUAUUUUAUGCUCAUCAAAUUAUAACACAAUUAAUUCAAUGAUCCACAUACAGUUUCAUACUCAGACA